AUAUAUAUAUAUAUAUAUAUGUAUAAUUUGUUUAUAGUAUGCUUAGUAUGUGUACAAAAUUGAGUUUUUGACACAGAUAAUGGACAGAUAAAUAGAAAAAGAAUGUCAAAUCCAAAGAGAUCAUGGAAGCUACAGGAGUUUGUAGCUCACAGUGCAAAUGUAACAUGUUUAGCUAUGGGACCAGCCUCAGGAAGAGUGAUGGUUACUGGUGGUGAAGAUAAAAAAGUGAAUAUGUGGGCUGUUGGAAAACCUAAUGUUAUUCUUAGUUUAUCAGGCCAUACUUCAACAGUUGAAUGUGUUCAAUUUAAUAAUUCUGAAGAACUUGUUUGUGCUGGAUCUCAGUCAGGCUCACUUAAAAUUUGGGACUUGGAAGCUGCAAAAAUUGUGCGCACACUCACCGGGCAUAAAGCAAACAUUAAAUGUUUGGAUUUUCACCCGUAUGGGGAAUUUGUUGCUUCAGGAUCAUUAGAUACUACAGUUCGUUUAUGGGAUGUUCGUAGAAAAGGUUGUAUUGUCAGUUACAAGGGUCAUACUAAUGCAAUAAAUCAUUUGAAAUUCAGUCCUGACGGGAGAUGGGUCAUAUCAGCCGGUGAAGAUGGAAUGGUCAAACUCUGGGAUUUAAAUGCCGGAAAGCUACUAGCUGAUUUUAUUCUUCAUGCUGGACCUGUUAACUGUGUUGAAUUUCACCCAAGAGAAUUUCUAGUGGCUACUGGAUCUUCUGACAGAACUGUUAAGUUUUGGGACUUGGAAACAUUUGGUUUAGUUUCUUCUACUGAUGUGGAAGCUAGUGCUGUUAGAACUAUUUGUUUUCAUCCUGAUGGAUCGUGCCUCUUCAGUGGAGGACUUGAUUCCCUUAGGGUUUAUGCAUGGGAACCAAGUUGUUGUUAUGAUGCUCAAACACUGGGAUGGGGCAAGGUUGCAGGAAUGGCUUUCUCCACCAACCAACUGAUUGGUGCAUCUUUUCAAUCUACUAAUGUAUCUGUUUGGGUUGCAAACAUGCUGGAUUUGGAAGAAAUCAUUUCUAGGAGUGCCAUGCAACCACCUUUUGAAAAAAUUGAUGUUAAGGAAAAAGAACCUGUAAAACAUGUGGAGUCAGUGUUAGAUAAAAAACAAAGUCCCCAACGAAAGUCAUUUAAUACAAGACCAAAAACAUCAUCUACCAAACCAAAACCAUCAAAAGACUCUCAAGUGCUUCCGGAUGCUGUUGUGCAAAAAAUUAAUGAUCCCAAUAUUAAUUAUGAAGCAGUUUUUAAUCCACUAAGUGCACUUAGUCGAUCUCCAAAACUUAAUAAAAAAAAUGUUCAACCUUUUGCAGUACCAAAUGAAGAUCCUCAAUCAUCAGGACAAGUAGAUUCUUCAAUUAAGCCUUUAGAGAAGUUGCCACCUCCAGUUAAGCAGUCAGCUCCUAUGGUUGUUCCGGUACAACUGCCUCCUAAACAACCUGUUUCUUACAUGCCAAUAAAUCGUCAUCAAGCUUUAAUUGAGCCAUCUCAACAAACUUACGUUGUUACAAAUGCUGAAGCUUCAAAUGCUCCAUCUACUUAUUAUCCACAGCAACUUCCUUCUAACGACUAUCCAAUUCAGUACCAACAUCAACCACGUGUUUCUCAACCUAUACGAAAACAGUCAGCUCAGCAAGGUCCAGCUUUAAUAAAAGAAAUGGAUAAUUUGAAUUUGGAUAAUUUUUCACAGGUUGAAGAAAGCAGUAAAUUAAUGAAAAAUGAAGAAGAUAAUACAUUGAGUAUUCUUGAACGAAAUCAUACUUCUUUGUGUCAAAUAUUGCAAGCAAGGUUGCAGAACUUGAUGCUUAUUAGUAGGCUAUGGACAGAUGGGGAUAUAAAGGCUGCUGUAGAAACUGCUGGAAGUAUGGCUGAUCAAUCAGUUUUUGUUGAUUUAAUGAAUGUCUUGGCAUUUAAGCAGUCACUUUGGAAUUUAGAUUUAUGUGGUGUCGUUUUACCUUUAAUAAAAAAAUUAUUUUCAAGCAAUUAUGAAUGCUAUAUUCAAACAGCAAGCUCAUCACUGAAACUUAUACUCAGUAAUUUCUCACAACUAAUUAAGAGCACAUUGAGUACUCCUCCAGGUGCUUUGGGUGUGGAUCUUUCAAGAGAAGAAAGGUAUAACAAAUGCGACAAAUGCUAUAAACAACUUCUGCUCAUUAAAAAUGUUGUUAGCGAAAGGACGACUACAUCUGGUCGCAUAGGUGUAAUAUGUCGUGAGUUAACGAUUGCGUUGCGCAUCAUUGAUAUGUGAUAUUUCUACACAAUGCUUCGGAUUCUUGCAGAAUACAAAAGAAAGGCUUCGGUUACCAUUCAUUGUGUUCAAACAAAAGUGCACUGGAGUUUGACGCUAAUAAUGCUAAAGAAAACAUAUGGCUUUUUACGGAUGGAGUGUUUUGAUUUUGGAUAAUCCGUGUAAAAAAAUAUUGGACUGUUUUAUAAAUUCAGAAUGUUGUUGUCAACAUGUUAACGACUCAAUAUAUACUUUUACCAAGUUCUGUUUUUUUGUUAGCUGUUCUAUUUUUAAACUUAUUAUCGGCUUGGAUUUAUCGUUACUUUUUUCAGUAGCCGGUGUUGAAAAUUAAUUCAGUUAUGUUAGCAUUUUAUAAAAACACUUUUGACAAAAGAUUUUGUGUGAAUAUGUAAUACGACUUUUUCCUUUUUUAAUUUGUAUAAAAUCUGCUUAAAGAAUGUGUUUGUGUUUUGAAUUGUAGAAAAUGUUUUAGAAUCUUAUAUAAAUGUAAGAGCUUACUGUUUUUAACGUUAUUUUCGAAUGCGUGUAAUAUAUUGCAUGAAUAAAAGAUAGUACAUCAAAUUUUCAGUCAAAGUUUUGUUUUUAAGCAACUCGAGAUAAUAAUUGCACAUUAAUUAAAUUUUUGAAGUUUUGUGAAAAAUGAAAAAUGUUAAGAACUCAAUUGUUUCUUAAUAUUUAUUUCUCUUGAAUUUUUUGUUUUAAUUUGAGAUCUCUAAAUUCAUGAUACUUUGAAUCCGCUUGUGUUUUUAUGUGAUGGUCUAUAACCAAAGUUAUAUUUUGCAGCUGUUUUAAUCUGAUGGUUUUAUCUAGAAUCGUUUUCGCAGAUUUUUUAUGAAUAAAAUUAUAAUUUAA